ACCACGCCAAAAGAUCACUUGCACAGUAGCAUAACUCAUCCGUUAUUGUAUUUUAAUUUGGUCUAUUUUACAUUGACAGUGUUGACUAAAGACUUCACCGCCGAUGGCCAUGGCAACCGACGGCGACACUUGCCCCAUCCAGUUCCUCCACCGCCGACCAACCGCUGGUGGCGGCGGCCAAUGGCACAACAUCGGCGCCGCCUACGCCGCCGUGAGAUUCCUCCGCCCGCAGGGUCGCUCCCUCGUCCUGUACUCCGACCCCGACGAGCAGCGGCGCAUCGUGUUCGCCUACCCGAUCCUCCCCGGCGACGCCUUCGAGAGGAUGGACGGCGAGACGCUCUACUGGGCGGAGCCGGAGUGCGGCGACGAGUUCGCGCUCCGCUUCCUCGACGAGGCUGCCUGCGCCGCCGUCUGCGCCGCCAUCUCACCGGUGACGCCGGCCGCACUGGACGGCCUCGCGGAGAGGCUCGCCGGGCUGCGCGUGGCGAGGGAGGGUGGCGCGUCCGCCGGAGGGGACAUCGCCGGCCGGCUUGCUGCGCUCAGCAUAGGCCCUCCCAUGAAUCGACCAACACUAACUAACUAGGGUUUUUGCCUGAAUUAUGUCAGGUUUUAUGUGAAUUAUGCCGCCGUCAUCGUCUUGAUGUAGAAUUUCUUUCUACUCUGCCCUGUAUAUGUCUGGUGUGAAUUAAUAAUGGUACUGGUCAUUUACGCCUGCAAGAUUUUCUUUCAUACUUGACCUUGAUCAUCCAGACCUGCAGUUAUCAUCAACCAGAACAGAAGAGUGAAACUUUUUUUUUGUUCAUAGAAGAGUGAAACUUAAAA